UCUUCUAUUUUUUGUUUUCCAUUGUCACAUGCGGUAUAAACGGAGCUACGUUACAAACAGUAAUUGUCAACAGUUUCAACCUCCGAUAAUUUUCUUAAUAAUUACAUUCUAAUCUUAUAAAGUUGAAGCUCGCAUAUAUAUUUGAGUAGAAAUUAGUGACUUGCGAAGGUUAAGUUCGUUACGCAGGACGUUAUUUUCUUUAACGUUGAUUACUCGUCACGUGUUUGCAAAUAGUUGAUAACAUUGGAAACAAAUUUUAAUUGUUUUGUUGACCAAACAAAGUAAAAAUGUCGGUGGCACCGAUGGGAAAUUUACCCUAUUGUAAAGGGUUGUGGUCUGUGAUAUCAAGCACAACGUGCCGUUGUGACAGAGAACUUGUGGAGGAUGAAAUAAAAAAUGCGACUGAAAUAUUAAGAGAUGGAUUAGCAUAUUUUAAGCCAUUUACAGAAAAAUCAUUGCAAUUAGUUUAUAAAACUGAUCCACCUUACAGAAUGUUUGAUCUUAUUAGCAAAUUGUCCCCCCUUCUAAAUUUAGAUGCAACAAUAUCAUGGGAUUUAGUAUGCAAUUUUAUGCUUUAUGAAUAUAGAAAUUGUGCUGAAACAUUUGCUUCGCAAUUGACAGAUUUAACUUCUAUGCAAGCAUUGAUAGAACAAAUAUGGAGUUUUUAUUAUACGGAGCGUAUUACACUAAUCAAAUGUUUAAAAUUGAUGGUAGAAUAUCGUGAUAACGAAAAGCAUCCACAUCGCAGUCAUUUUACCAAAUUUUUUGACGAAAUUCUCCUUGGCACGCUUUUAGAAUCUAUAAGAAAACAAAUCGAGGCCUUAAAAUUUAUCAAUCCACCUAUUAGAUCACAGUUAUUUAGUGACGAGCAUCUUCAUCAAUUGUACAAUUUUAGUCUUAUCGAAAUGCGAGAGCUUCUACACAUUUUCACAGUCAUUUUACACGAUGUUCACGUGGCUGAAAGUCAGUUUCUCGAUAUUUAUGGAAGUAUCAGUGGAGAGCCACGACGCUUGAUCAGUACAAAAAAUCACGAGGAUAAGGAAACUGUGGCAAAGAAAAUUCAGGAUAUUCAGUACAGCCAAUCUGCGCUUCUCAUCGUUGGACUCGAUAUAAUGAAGCACGCUGGCAUGGAGGACUGGAUAAGAGAUGUCAGAAGUAGUAUGCAAGAUGUUUUUGAACAUAAAUGCACGCGCGAUUCAUCUCCACAAGAUGGACCAUUGCUUUUGGCAUGGAUGUUGGCAAAUUAUGCCAUUGAGCCCGAUAACAUGGAUACUUUUAAUCGUUACAGGCCUUUCGGUAUUAAAGCUGUUCAACUUAAUGUGUUUCAUUAUUUACAAGGGCUUCUAAGCAGUGAAAUGAUUAAAGAGAAAACUCAGUAUGCUAUUACCGUAAGAGGAAGCAUCUAUAAUCUAUUGACCUCGUUAUGUACCUUUGUAGACGAAGAUAAAUUUGACUCUUUUCCAGGUGUAUUCGAAGCGUGCGCCGCUAUUCUAAGCUUUCGAGAGACAGCUGAACGCUUCUGGCAGGAGAGGGACGAGGAAUGUGGCCUAUGGGUAGUCAUCAAAUUCGCCAUCAACUGGUUCCCCUAUCGAUUCCAGCCACUGACUUGCAUCUUAACCGGUCUAGCCAGCGCCUCGGAUUCCAGCGCCAUUAAAACCCUCGAGAUAUUGGAGAACUUGCCGUCCAUCACCCUGGAGGUGCCGAGGCGCAUGUUCGACGUGCAGAUGCAGCGCAAGCCCUACGAGCAGGAGUGCGUUAUUCACCGGAACGAGUACGCGAUACCUGUCCACUGCACCGGCAUCAAGAUUAACGCGCCCCACAGGAGCAUCGCAAACGACGAGUGCGAAGUGAUAAUGUUCAGAACCACGGCUAAUUACUGGGACGCCUUUCAUCACAAGAUCGAGGUAUUACUGCAAAAGGCCAGCGGUGGCUUCGCCAACUUAACCGAAUGCAAUGAUCAACUGCCGGAUCAAGUCACCCUGGGAUUUACCCUGCUUGAUGCACUUUUGGCCGCGGACAUCGACAUACCCACUAGAAUGGUCAUUCCAACAGAAUUAAGUUUCGAGAUAAUCAAUCGAUUUUCUUACCCGGACUUACCGCUCAACAUAUACAAGAUCGUCGCGAGCUGCAUGAAAGUCUCCUCGAAGCUUGUCCUCCGCUAUCCCGAGGAUGUGCUCUCGCGCAUGCGAGCCGGCGUCUACCCUCGCUUCGACGACUACUACCAGGAGAUGACGGAGUUCGCGCGGGCCGUGUCGUUCGACGGAGGCCUCGUCGCCUCCUGGCUCUCGAGCAUCGAGACCAUUCAACACUCUUACCCGAUCCUCGAUGCCUACCUCGACACCCUUUUGAAUUAUCUGAUAGUGCGCCACAGCAAUAAGGCCCUCUACGACGUCGAGAUACCGGGCAUGAUAAUGCUCCUCCAGAGCGUGCUCCCGAAGCUCGACUCCUGGUACUUCCGCUCCGAAACUGAGCGGGUCGAGCUCUGGCUGAAGAGCAUCUAUUGUUUGCACAGGGCGCUGGAUGUCAUGUCGGGGAAGAAGAACGAGUCGAGGAACGAGCUGAGAAAGAUUGUCAGCUAUAACUUGUUGCACCUCGAGCCCAGGCACGCUCUGCUCAAGCUCGUGAGGACCGGCGAGAAAAUCUUGAGGAACAAAAUGAUGAGCGAGACCGACUGGAUAUCCGGGAAGGGCUUUAAGGUAAUGAAGAGCGUUCAGCUGGCCUUGUCGGUGGUAAAUCGUUUGCUCAUAUACCGGAAGAAUUUGGGCUUGGAUACGAAAGAACGCUCGCCGCUUGAAGCCGCCCUCUACGCCUCGCCUUCCUUACCGAACGCCCUGCUUAUCGUCCCGACGAUUGUCGAUUACCUCUACGUGUGGUUCAGCCCGGCACUGCAAGCGAUGGCCGUGCGCCUCCUGAAGAAGUUCGCCGAGGGAUUCUCCAUGUCGCUGCUCGUGUGCAUGGGCAUGGAUGGGACGGCUAUACGCGAAACCUUCGCCUCGAGACUUAUGUCGCCGACUUGCGACGUCGAAGUCAAAGUCGCCAUCCUCGAGCUCGUCACCAUCUGUCUGGAUAAGCAGCCAGGACUGACGGAAGCGCUGUUCAAUAUAAUGCAUCAGGCUGAACGUCGCCGUAUCUUCCCACGACCAGCGGAUGAGUUCCUUACCGAAGGUUGUACCCGAUUCCUUGAUCUGUAUUUAGAGCGUGUACGCGACGAAAGGAAUAUAAUCUACGAUCGUCUCUAUGACAGCACGAUGAAUUUAUUGCGUGCUAUGUGGUACCAUCACAACGAGAUUCUCGUCAACUUUUUCCGCAAGAGGCAGGACUUUUGGAGUAAGCUUUUCGCGCCUCUUUUCCGCAACCUUGUGCCCCACGUUUGCGGCUACUCGCAGAUCCUGGACAUUAUUACCCUCGAGCUGUUCAAAAGCCCUCUUCUAGAGAAAGACUUUAUCACAAAUCUGGAAAAGCUCUUAGACGAGAGUGAGAACCACUGGAACAAAUUAACGAGUUACGUUUUCAACAGCAUACCAGCACCGCUAACAGAUGAACAGCAAAAACAAGAGAAUGAGAAAGAGGAGGAGGAGGAGGAGGAGGAGGAGGUAAUACCGGAAAAAGAAACGAAGCUGCAGCCGCUAUUACACGAGGAGAACCUCGAGUCCUGGUACCAAUUGCUGAUGGUGCUAACCGGGGAGCGGACCUCGCGCGGCUACACGAUCAAGCCCGGACAGACGGUGCUGACGACGAGCCUCGCUAUCCAGCAGCUGCUGGUGCGAUUGCCGGUGGUAUUUCCUACCUCGAUGACCGCGCGAUUCCAUGCCGCCAAGUUGUUGAUGCUCCUGUCAUUGAUAUCGCUGCGCUGCGUGAACUCCUGGGGCAAACAGUGCAUUGGCGAACCAGAGAACGCGGAGCGACUGCAAAAGUGGCUGCUAUGCGCGCUCCAGGAGAUGAGGCCGUUGUACCGGGCAUACACGAAGUCACUGCGCGAGACUCUUUUGACCCUCGUUCUAAGCUGGGUAGAUCUCGUGGAUGAGCAAUUGGCCGAGGACCAAGUCGUCCUCGAAUAUAUGCUCGGGCAUGCCUGGAGCAUUGCCACCUGCGAUAUAGAAGACAUAUACAACGCUGCGUAUCAAAUGGAGCGCAACCAGAAGUUGGACGAUAUUAAGGAGCAACAACGAAGGGAAGCCGAGGAGGCCUUCCGGGUGAGACAAUGCAUACCCGCAACCCUAUCCAUCAGCCUCGUCACGAGGCUACUCAGGUUUAAAGCUCAGCAGGUUACCGAGCACUAUAAGCGAUCCCUGGAACCCUAUUUGCCGCUGAAACGGUUCAUACCUACUAUCCUCAAGUGCAUCGUUAAAACCAUUCGGAUGCACGCUGCCCUCACUCUACUCAACAUCCUCGUCAAGUCCUUCUCUUUGUCUCCAACCUUGUUUGAAACGUCCGUCUCGAAAUUGUGGCUGGCCCUGAUACCCCCCAAGGACAUCAAUAAUAGUUUGCUGAAUUCAUUGUAUGAGGACUGUUCGAGUAGCAGCAGCCGCUGGCGAUGUCAGGAGUGGUGGCCCCUCUACACCAGUGGCCUCGAAUUCGCCACGAACCUCAUGAGUCACAACAACAUCAGCUGCUCCACGUCUAUCAACGAGUACCUCGGCUCACACGAGAACCUGCUGAUGGAGGGCUCGACUCUCCUCAGACACACGGCCGACCCUGUCGCUGCAGAUCUCAUCCAGUCCCUGGUCAAUUUCAUCUCAGCUUUAUUCGCCAAACACAAUUUCUGGAAAUUCAUCCAUCAUCCUUUCAAAGAUACGUUAAUUAAAUGCUUGUAUAUGUCGUACGACAGUACGGUGAAUUUACUGUUACGGCCGCGCAUCCUCAAAUUUAUCAUCGACGGGAUAAGCGUGGAAAGUGCGGAGGAGCUUCAGAGCUGCGACGAGCGCCAGCUGAGUGGCGAGUUGCGCCUCCUCGUCAACAAACUAAUACUCAUCAACACGAGCUGCGCCCAGAACUUCGUUCGAUUCUCGCCUCGAUUGAAUCGUCUCUUCGACACUAUUAACAUCGAGAAAGACUUUUGGGACGCCCCGAUGGCAGAGAUGAACUUUGGGCCACCGCAGAUGUCGAUAACGUCUGAGCCACGUUUGACCUACGGGACGAUCAUCAGUUCCACUCAGCUUUUCACUCAGGCCCAGUGGCACUCGCUCAUCUCGUCGAGCAGUUCCGGUAGCUCGAGCCUCCAGCUGAGGCCGAAGCCCAGCCAGAGUCCGGGUUCCACGACUGCAACGACUUGCAAAGACGAACAAAGCAUUGAUUCGGCGCGCCGCGAGUGGGAGCGCGCCACCCCGGAAAACCUGCGCUGUGUCCAGGCCAAAGACCUGCCCAAGAUCCUGAGCUCGAGUUCCACGAAUCUUGGGCCUUCCGUCCUCGCGAGCACUUCCUCCUCGGCGCGCCUCGACUUUUCGGCCUACCUCACGGGCCACGAACUGACAGUACCGCUGCUCAGCAGUCCGCGACUCAUAAAGCGGCCCUUCGAUCCCCUCAUCUGCGAGAAUAUGAUAUUGUCGCGGGCGACGGCCCUGGUGCCGCUGCCGUCGAGGUCCACCAGCCGAGGCAACAGCCCCGGCGCCCAGUCAAGAACCGCCGACGGCAAGUCACGUAGCCCCUCACGGGACGGGACGGGAAACGGGACCGCCGGCAGCGACCCCUGGUUCGACUCCAUGGACGAGAAUAACACGCGGCUCGCUCUCGAGCUCAACCUAAUGCUCACACUGUGCCAGGUCCUGGAAGGCGUAUGCAGCCCGAGGCUGGCCGCCCGGGACCGGCAGCUCAUUGUCCGGGAAACCGCCACGGAGCUCGGCAUCUUCUUUGAUUUCCUCGAGCACAGGGCACAACAGUCGGAGUGGCAAGUGGCCGCGAGUCUCGUCAACUCUGAGAUGAAGAAGACAAGGCUCGUCGUUGCUCCCGAGCAACUACUCGAUAGGCUUAACACGUCGAGCGUGUUUAAACAGCCCGACGGCCCGGGCCGCACUCUCUCGGCACUGGAGACGCUGGAGGAGGAGUCCAUGGAAGGGCCGGAAAGUGUUUCGACGAACGAGAUCGUGACCAGCGGUAGAUUCAAGGUACACGUCGACACUAGCAACUUCCUCCAGAUGCUCGGGAAGCUGCUCAAGUCCGUGAUCGAAUCUUUAGACUCGGCGCAGUUCGGAUAAAUUUCUCGACCCCUUUCCUCGAUAUGAUCUAUCUCUUGAAUGCCAAGAUGAUUAAUUGAAUGUUAGAUAUACACAAGGAUACACCGACUAAUUUGUAGUGUGGAAGUGUUAGCUGUUACAAAUUACUAUAUUUUUUACAAUAAAAAUAUCGAUGAAAUUCCAUCCCAAGUACAAAAGUGUUAUAUCUUGAACGGCUGUAUUUGUCAUUGUGAGCACAUUGAUAGAAUACAUUUUAAAAAAUUCUUUGAAAUUAAAAGAUUUUUACUGAAAAA